GAUACGAAACGGUUCCACUCUAACUAAAGAAACUGUAAGCAUUCCGAGUACAUCGACUUGACUCUUUGUAAAAGUUAACUUAUCCAGCAACUGGUUAGACAUCAUUUAAAUGAGAUGUUAUUUCAUUUUGUGCUGAAUUCAAGGUAAGUAAGCCUUUGUUUCUGACAAAACACAGUGAUCCUGCAUUUUUGGAAAGUGAAAACGCUACAUGCUAAAUAAAUACUAUUGUAACAAAAACAAAAACGGGCUAGCGGAAAAUGACAGAUCCUAUGUUUUUUGCCACAAAAAGCUAGGCUCAGGUUAAGUACGUAGAAACCUGAAAAGAAUCAAGGUAUGACCCAUUAGUCUGGGUUGGAUGGGCGUCGAUUUGCACUGUGGAAAUCUUUAUGAGCAGAAGGAAACAACCACCUUGCUGCCAUCAGCAGCCAGUCCUUUUCUUGGGUGUUCUAUUUUGGAGCCUUAAGAACAUGAAUCGGGUAUUAUAUUUGUCGAGCAUGCGCUACAUGUUGUUAUGCGCAUUCGCUUGGUACAACGGUCUCAGUUAUGACUAUCGGUUUAUCGGCAAUAAACGGGUUCUUGUACUAAAAAAAAAAAACAGUUUGACGAGAGGAAACCGGAUUGACUAGUCUAGAGGUUCGGCUCUAAAAGACUUCAUAAGCUUGAAGCGAUUUAGGCACACAGUGGGUAUCCUUUUCUCCCCUCCGUCUAAGAAAAAGACAAAGCCGGACGCCUCUGCUCACAAGUUGCUUCACCAAUCAAGGCCCAACCUCGACCCCAGGGUCUUCUUGUUUUUGAAUUUUGCGGUGGCAGGAAAGAGGUCUCUAGGACACAGCAGAUCACCUGUUAAUAUCUUUUUUCUAAAGUUGAGCAUUUAUUCACUGAAUGAGAGACAUGUUUCUUUGAUCUCUGUAGCCAGUGGCUGGCAAUAUUUCUUGCUUUCUGUCCUCACGAAGGAACGACAAUUUUAAAACGGAAAUGUGGUGUUGAAGAGGCCGUAAAAAAGCGGCCGGACAAAGCAUCAGCUCCUUAUGUUCCUCAGUUUGAGAGGUUGUUGAUGAAAAAUGCUAUUAAGAGGCACGAUUUAAACGCAUACAGUGACUUGGGAAACAGCAACAUCCAGUGUAAAGAGCAAUAUCUUGUGCCUAUUGCAUGGCACAAGAUCCAGAACUCACAGGGAAGGGGUAACGUGUCAGACGUCCAGUUGGAGACUCAGAUACGUGUUCUAAACGGUAAGAAUUAACAUAAUGAUCACGACAUUGCGUUAUUUUUUUCUCGUUGAUAAGUUGUUGAAUCAUUCAAACAUUACUGAGCAAAUAUUUUUCUAUCGUUAGAGGCCUUCUCAAAUACACCAUUUCGUUUUAAGACGGUGAGUUGUUCAAAUUUGUUGCUAAAUUUGAUGUGUUUUUUCAAUUUAACACAGUCCUUUAAAACUUAAUACAGAUAAAUGACAUUCCAACUGCUGUUUUUAUGAGAUAUUUCAAACUAAAGAGAGCAAGCGAGCAAACGUACACCAACCCACGGUCUGGCCAGUAACUAACGCAUGCGCAGUCAUGUCAACUAGUUAGUGGCAGCCAUGAUAUGACUGUGCGCAUGCAUGAAGUUUUGCGCAGGCCGUUCAUGGGUUGGUGUACGUGUGUCAAAUGUUCUCUUGUAAAGUUUGUCUGACUUAUAGGAUAUUUCGCCUUUUUCCUGACGUAACUGUAUAGGCUAUCAAACUGUUGCCUUGACAAUUUGACUGACCACACUGACGAUUUAAGUCUGGCUAAUCAUGAAUUAAUUUUUUCUUGGCAUUAUUUAUAGCAUUCAGUGGACAGGACAACCAACGAUGUCUGGUUUCACAACUGUAUAAUCAAAAAGUUUAAAAUGAGACCAGCUCUCGCCAUUUCUCCUGCAAGAACCCUCAACGUUUACACCUGCCAGUUUGAUGAUCCUCUUGAGUUAGGCGACUUUACGUUUCCUUGGCGUGAUCACGAGUCAGAUGUUAUCCAUGGCGUGGCAAUUCAUCCCGAAACUCUACCUAAUGGACGAAUGGCGACUUAUAACCUCGGGCAUAUCUUAGUGCAUCAAGUAAUUCAAUUCCCAACUACAUAAACUGCAGGGAGAAUGGGUACAAACAUGUAGCGCAACGGUUUUUGGAUCGUUUAGUGGACAAGCGUAAUGUAUGAUUGGUCAAUGUUUAGCCUCCCACGUAAACAUCCUUAAGAACGCUUGAGGGAGUCCCAAUAACGUCUGUGUAGGAGAAAUAGGUAGAUGGUAUGCAAAAAAAGGAAGCUAUUUACCUAUCAUUUUUUACAUUGUCGACCCGUACGAACGCAGUAAUCAUGAAGCCGAAACCAAUUGUGGAAUUGCACGCAUUUUAGGCAUCCUACUGAUGAACAGUUGGGGGACACGUAGAUAUGUUUUUUAGCAACUACUAUUAUUUGCAGUCUGUCUACUUUGAAUUGAGCCAAGACGUUGUAUCCAUUCUCCCUGUAAGUUAUCGAGUGGCUAAUUCGGCAGUUACUUCGAUCACUGGAUAAAUUUUAUGAUAGACUGUACUGAGACUAGAGAGAUAGGAAGGGUUGCAAGCCUUAAUUCAGAAAAAGUUCGUCUGAAAUAUUCACUUUUCAUUUGUCUUUUUAAAUCUAUGUUUAUCUUUUCCAGCCCUGCACUCACAUCCUUAAUCGUUUAUCUCGUUUUUUUCCUCCAUCAUGCCUUCAUCUUUUGCAUUGUUUAGGUAUACAAACAAACAAUAAAUCAAUCAGUCAAAGACUUAUUUGACUUCAAAAAGGACAAUUUCACGAUGACUUCAUAUUACUACAACCACCAGUGUCGUCAUCAUAAAAAUGGACUAUUUGUUGAUAGCAAAAUUGCUAAUAUCCACGGAGAAAAUAGAUCUAUCAAAAUUAUUAAAAACACAUCAAUACAUAUAAAUAGCGUAAAAAAUACAUUAAAUUCAAAUAAGAUAAAAAUGUUUGCUGUGAAUGAAAUAAUUAAAACAUGCAUGUAUGAACAUAUAAUUUUGAAAAUUAACAUUGCUCACAAAAGGCGGCAUUGACAAGUUUUGAUUGGUCGAGAUUAAUAUCCUGGGGCAGUCACAGUUUAUAUUUUCUACCCAAACGAUCCGAACGCGUCAUAAGUAGGCAUUUAAGAGUUUUACACCAAAUUCAUAAAAAGUUUUCAACUCAACUAUUUUACUAUUUACAAUGAUAUUAAGCUUAAAUUUGACUUUGUGUGUUUUAAAAUGUUUAUUACCUUGCCAGACUGGUCAUUUCUUUGGGCUCUACGACGUCUGUGAGGUAUGUGUAUAAGAAGCCUCCUGGUGAGAGCUGAGAACAAACCCAGAAAUAAAUAGAACAACUGAAUCCCUAGACCUCAUCCCUCCAAACUCAACUCCCCCAUUUCCUCUAAAGCCAAACGAAGACUACUACUGUUGGUAAAUUCUCACAGCUCAGGUGCUCAUGAUAGGGGCAUUUUAUCUAGUCUUCUCCAAAAAUUUUCAAAAGGAUGAAUGUUUGCGAACAGGGCGCUAACUAAUAUCUGGCUAGAUUUCCAAACUUGUUAAAAAGAACCUCUUCCUCGCAAAGGUUUUAAAAUUGCAAGGACUUGGGGUACUUUAUUUCUCCCACUAGGUUAGGGUUCGUUUAGCCCUUACUGGUUAAUUGGCAUAAAUGGCAGUAGUUUUUUUGCCGACUACAUUAUAUUUCAUUUCUUUUAUGCAGGGUGGGUGUGAUGGCGAGGAUGACGAAGUUGCAGACACUCCGCGCUGCAGAGAUUAUACACACGUUUGCACUGACGAAAAAUUGGAUACUUGUAAGGCCCAGAGUGGCCUGGACCCAAUUAACAAUUACAUGAGCGGUGAGUAUUUGUAAUCUCAAAUCUUUAGGGUAGCACCGAAAUAGAAAAUGCUCAGUGACAGGAACUCCAGAAUGCUUAGCACGUGCUGAGUAACUAUUAAAACCAAAAAUUAGUGAAAACGCUUCCGUAAGGUACCACCUAAUCCAUGAGUAACAAUAACAUAGCUAUUACCCUAAAUAACUGGUAGAUAAGUAGCGAAUAAAUUAUAAUAAUUUAACACUACUGAGCUGUCGUGAUCAACUCGUAAGUAUUAUAGCCAAAAACUUCAGUCACAAGUGACUUUCUUUCUAUUCCAAUUCGUUUUUUUAAUUCGUUUGUUUAUCAUCUUUUUUUUUUCACAGACAUGGAAGAUAAUUGCACAAGGGAGUUCAGUCCUGGGCAGAUCGACAAAAUGCUGCGCGACGUCAAGCGGUAUAAGCCAACAUUAAUGGAAAAUAUCUACAGUAAGUGAAUGGUAAACAAAUAUGAGGACUGCAUGCACAAUGGAGUGGGUAAGAGCAUAAAUCCCCUCUCGGCCUCACCCCUUACCAUUGUCACACACAAGGUUGAACUCCAAUAAUAUUUCAAAUUAUGGUUUGGUCAAAAAAGGAGCUAAUACUUCGUUUAUUAUUAUUAUUAUUAUUAUUAUUAUUAUUAUCAUUAUCAUUAUUAUUAAUACUUUCACAUUCAUGAAUUAACAUAUCAGGAUCGGUGAAAAUCAGGGAAAUGGCGCGCCGAUGGAAAAAUCAUGCUCUCAAGAAAAAGCGACAUUGAAACAACCCACUGUCAAAGAUGGAAUAAUUAACACCUUGUUCACAUAACUGCAUAUCUUCCCUAUUUGUGUGUUCACUUACAUAACUUAUUUACUUUAAGUCAGUCUGUGGGUAAAAAAGAAGGCGCAAAAGAAUGUUCAUACCAAAAAGGUCAUACUUACAUGCAAGAAAACGUGCCCAUGACAAGUGAUUUUAAUAAAACUGAAAAAGCAUCCAUAUGCAACACGAGUACAUCAAAGCGGAGCAAUGCGUGGCUUAGCAGGGUUCUCAAAAUGCGCGCGCCGACAACCGGCGCUAUCACCGGCUGCUUUAAGGUUUUUGCCGUCUGCAAAUUGUAGAAAAGAAGCAAAAAAAUGGACGAUUAAUAAAAAGUUGUAAAAAAGAAAAAAAAAGAAAUUGUUUUAACAUUGAUAUGCAUCUUCUUUUUGUUGAAGCAACUUCCCUCCCUAAGAAACACAUAUCCCUACUGAUAUUUGUUCCCCUACCUGAGAAACACAUAUCCCUAGUAAUUUGUGUUCCCCUACCUGGAAAACACAUAUCCCUAGUAAUAUGUGUUCCCCUACCUGGGAAACACAUAUCCCUAGUGAUAUGUGUUACCUACCUAAGAAACACAUAUCCCUAGUGAUAUGUGUUCCCCACCUGGGAAACACGUAUCCCUAGUGACAUGUCUUCCCCUACCUGUUGAUACACAUAUCCCUAGUGAUGUGUGUUCCCCUACCUGGGAAACACAUAUCCCUAGUCCCUAGUGAUAAGUGUUCCCUUAAUUGGGAAGGGAAACACAUAUCCUUAGUGAUAUGUGUUCCACUACCUGCGAAACACGUAUCCCUAGUGAUAUGUGUUCCCCCACCUGGGAAACACGUAUCCCUAGUGAUAUGUCUUCCCUACCUGGGAAACACAUAUCCCUAGUGAUAUGUGUUCCCCCACUUGGGAAACACAUAUCCUUAGCGAUAUGUGUUCCCCCACCUGGAAAACACGUAUCCCUAGUGAUAUAUGUUCUCCUACCUGGGAAACACGUUUCCCUAGUGAUAUGUGUUCCCCUACCUGGGACACACAUAUCCCUAGUCGUUAACGAUAUGUGUUCCCCUACCUUGGAAACACAUAUCCCUAGUGAUAUGUUUUCCCCCACUUAGGAAACACAUAUCCCUAGCGAUAUAUGUUCCCCUACCUGGGAAACACAUAUCCCUAGUGAUAUGUGUUGCCCCACCUGGGAAACAUGUAUCCCUAGUGAUAUGUGUUCCCCUACCUGGGAAACACAUAUCCUUAGUGAUAUGUGUUCCCCUACCUGGGAAACACAUAUCCCUAGUGAUAUGUUUUCCCCCACUUGGGAAACACAUAUCCCUAGCGAUAUAUGUUCCCCUACCUGAGAAACACAUAUCCCUAGUGAUAUGUGUUGCCCCACCUGGGAAACAUGUAUCCCUAGUGAUAUGUGUUCCCCUACCUGGGAAACACAUAUACUUAGUGAUAUGUGUUCCCCAACCUGGCAUACACAUAUCGCUAGUGAUAUGUAUUACCCUUCCCGAGAAACACAUCCUUAGUGAUAUGUGUUUUCCAACCUGGGAAGCACAUAUUCAUUGUCAUAUGCGUUCCCCUACCUGCACAACACAUAUCCAUAGUGAUUUUUUUCCCUAUCCGGGAAACAAAGAUAUCCCUAGUGACAUGAGAUAUCCUCCCUAUAGAAAUUUAAAACUGUAGGUGAUAACAUGCAACUUUUCCUUUACAAGUAAAGGAUAAUUGGCUUAAUAUGUCAUCAUUUUCAUCUGCCGAUUUAUCAUUUGAGUAAAUGGAUAUUAAAACGUCCAAGAAACGUCCUUGGACAUACAGUGGAAGGCUUUUUCUAAUUUCGACGAAACAUGAAAAGGGUAGAUUUUGGUGCCUUUGUGGUUUAGAUUUCACGUACUUGUCAAUAAGCGUUUUUAAUGUAAAAAUGCUAUCAACUGUGCCAUGCAUUUUUCUGAGGCCACCUCGUUCAGCUUCCAAAAUUCCUUUUUUAACCAUAUAUGUAGUCGUACAAACGAUUGUUGAGGAUUUAUGUAAAGAGCUUGCCUAGCGCAGAGAGCAAAGUGAUACCUCGGUAAUUUUCGACUUUGGCUCGAUCAUUCUUCUUGUGAAUAGGUACGAUGGGACCAAAACUCCAAAGAGCAGGGUAUUUGCCAGGAUCUAAGAUUCGAUUAAAUAAAUUUACUAAAUGCCCUUUAAUGGCUUCCUUUCCGGUUCUCAUUACUUCAUUUAAUAUAUUAUCGAUACCUGGAGAUUUGUUUGCCUUCAGUUUGUUAAUUGCAGCUUCGAACUCCUCAUCAGUUAUUGGAUAAUCAAUUGGGCCUUCCACUCUUUCGUUACUGUGGGUUUCCAUAUUCGUCUCCGGAUCUAGUAUAUUAUUGAGAGGGAUCACAUUCUGUGCUUAAAGUAUUUAUAAAACUGUAAGUUCCGUACUCACUGCUUCAGCUCCAUGUUAUUUUCUUUUUUCCUAAGGCAUGGGUCGCACUUGGCAAAUUUUUGGGAGAAUUUGUUUACCUUGCGGUAAAAAUCUGUCAUCGGUGGACGUUGCUAAGUGCGACCCCGAGUUUUCAAGUUAGAAAAAACUUUGAAAAUCGGCAAAAACAUCAAAGACGCCGUAGUGCUUGGGUGGGGAAGGCAGAUUUUGGAAAACUCGAGCUAAACAAUAGGAAUCACAGCGGAAACUGUCAGCGCCUUGUCAUGAACGUGAUCCAUUUGAAACACGAUCAAUUUAAAAUAAACGCGGUCGAAUUUUCAGACCUUCGCGAAGAGGUUUCUACUCGGCUAUCCUUCGCCAUUUCAAGUUUUUUUCGAAAACUCUCUACAGGCAAGGACUUCACUCGCUUAUAAACCUUCGCUAUUUUAAGGUUUUUACGGGAACUAGCUCUAUUGAGGGCGAACCAGCUGAUUUCCCGUCUACACAAGCAAACACUUCACGGGUUUGUUAUUCUCCAAGCCAAGUGCACUAUUCGCAUCCAAGCACUUUCUGGUCUUCUUUAUCUGUCCCAUCCUCCUGAAACUGGAAAUGGAGGUAAAAGAUCCUUCGCAAAGGCUCGGACGAAGAAGAGAAAAAUGUUUUCUGGUAUCUGGCGUUCUUAAGUUCUCAAUGUGUCAAAGCAAAAACUAUUAACUCCCACUAAUGCGACCCUCCUCGGUUGGACUAAAAGUUUUCUUUUCCGGUUGCGGUUUCGAAUUUUUGUGGUUUUUUAGCCGGCAAAGAUGAAAACUUUUCCCAAGUGCGACCCAUGCCUAAAGAUUUUUCCUAUUUGUGACUAGGUCUCUUUGGAGUUUUGCAUAUCGAUAUUAGACAUGCCUUUAAUUUGCUCAUAGACUCCCGUUUCUUCCGUCUACAAGUUUGUUUGAACCUCUUCUUUUUGCCUCGCAGUAGUUGUCUCAGUUCUGAAUUAUUAAUGUUAUGAGAAAUUUUCUCCCCAGGGAUUGGAAGUUUUCUUUUUCUGUUUUGCAGUUCUGAUCCAACCAUUUUAUUUGUGAUUUCCAUUUAACUUUGCUGCCUCUCGCUUUACUCCAUCCGGCUUCUUUGCAUGUUUCCACCAAAGUUUCACUAAGUAGGUCAGACGCAGUAUCGAUGCUAUCAUGUUUGACAGCUGCUACUAACCUAGAUUGAACUGUUUAUAUCAAUAGUGAUAUGUCUUCCCCUACCGGCCCCGCCAGAAAACACAUGCCGGCACUUUCUCUUAUUCUCCUACUACUUAAAAUUUUUUUGACAACCCUGCUUAGUGGUGAGAGCACUCGCCUCCCACCAACGUGGCCCGGGUUCAAAUCCCGGCGUCGACGCCAUAUGUGGGUUGAGUUUGUUGUUGGUUCUCUCCUUAAUUGCUCCGAGAGCAAAAACCAACACUUCCAAAUUCCUUUUCGAUCUGGAACGAACGCACACGUUAAAACGAGUUCAUAUGAACUCCUAAGUGCUACGUGGGUAAAAAAACAAUUUAAAAUUUUUUUACAAAGAAAUGUAUACAAACCAGCUAGCAAGAAUUUUUUUUAAUUUAUGACUGCCAAAUCUCUCUGUUUAACUCAGGUUUUUUUCGGCACAGGUUGUUUAAUUGUUUUUUUAAAAUAAUUUUAGCCUCUUUAAGAAAACAUAAUCUUGUGUUUUCCGUAGGGCGGGUCAUUUGUACACACUGGAGUUUUUGGUUUCAUCUCACUGGAGUUUUUGGUUUGAUCACCCUUGGCCAACGCUUGUAAUAAAUUAUGCGUUGUUUAUGUGAGCUAAAAAGCGUUGGUGAGGUCAGCGCGUACUAGUCAUGCGGGCAAUUUUUAGGAUAGGUGAAAAUGAAAGUCAGCCAGGCCUACAAAUAAUCCAAAGCUGGCUACGCCCCUCAGGCCACAGUGCAGCUUUGUACGAACAUUCUGCAUGGUCCCACCUUGAGGCAUUUGCAAAUUGUUGCUGUACAAUAUCGGUAAUAUGGGGAGGGGGUGAAAAAUGGGCGCCCUUAAAAUAUACUCAAUAAAUGUCAGCGCUCUCGCGCAUAAGCACACGCGCCAAAAAAAAUCAUUUCACAGGGAACCAGACAGCAGUUUGUAAUAAGUUCAAUGUUUGCAUCUCAGUUUGUGAUUAUUUUCCCUUUUUUUUUCAACUUCAUUUUAAAGGGCCUUGCAGAAUUGACGCUGCCUUUCGUUGGUCAAAUGGGUUUGUCUAUCUUUUCCUGGGGUCUAGAUACUACCGCUACAAUGAAACACGUCAUGGAAUAGACCCAGGCUACCCACGUCCAAUCAGUGAUCACUGGAAUGGAAUCCCUUCUUCAAUAGAUGGAGUCUUUCGCUAUGUAAAUGGAAUAACGUACUUUUUCAAGGGAAACCAGUAUUACAGGUUUAACGACUCGUCUUUGAGUGUGGACCCAGGAUAUCCACGGCCGAUAAGCAACUUCUGGCUGGGAGUGCCCGAUGAUAUUGAUGACGUCAUUAAGUAAGACUUUCCUGGAUCUAAAACAAAUGGAUGUUGUUUCGUCUUUUGUCGCCAUACAAAUGAAUGCUAUAUUUCUACUGAAGUAGAGCACACGUCUUUAACACCUUUCUAACCUAGAGUUUAAUCCCUCUCGCUUUUACUCCCUCUGCCUCAGUUAGAAUUCUUUCCAAGACUGAUACUGAAAGCUCGGGAACAUAAAAUAUCCAACCGCAGUCCGACGUGACCUUCAUUAAGACUUAACAUAGUUAUCCUGACAUAACAUGGCAUCUCCACUAUAACAAAUAUUGUAAUGAGUAAAAGAAGAGUUUAACGGCAACAUUGUACGUAACAUUGUCGCCAAUAUUGGCCCAGCGGUGUCCGACCUGAGAGAGUUUCGGACUUAACCUCAAAAAUUCUUAUUGUAUUUUUAGCUCACUGCAGGAAUGACGAAAACCUGCCACAAUCCAACGACACAGAGAAAAAUUUUUUUGUUCAUUAAUUUUCUUUAUGCUCUAUGAUACAAGGUGUAUGAGCCAUAUUUCCUUCUCAUGAACAUGAAACACUUCUUUAUCCUUCACUAAACUUAAAUAUGUUUUGUUUUUAACGUAGCAACCAGGCCCCACUUGUUUUAUAAUGUGCUUUUCACUAAUACGCUGUUUCUCUCGCCCUUCUGUUUUUGUCCAGCUACUUAAAUGGGUACACAUACUUCUUCAAAGGAACACAAUACUACAGGUUUAAUCCAAACUGCCAAAGAGUGGACCCUGGGUAUCCACGUCAACUGAGCUCUUACUGGAACGGGUUCCCUAACGACAUAGAAAGUGCCUUAACCUGGUACAAUGGAGGCGUGUACGUGUUCAAGGAUACCCAGACUUGGUUCUUUUUACAUAGUUCUGACUCUAUAGGUAUCCUGUCCAGUUACCCGGAGUCUGUAACUAAGUGGUGGAACGAUGACCCCAACAUUUCUGGUUACGCUGCGUUUAGGUACGUGUGUUUGAGAGUUGCGGUUACGAAUUAGUAGCGCUAGCUACUAAAUUAAAUUAGAUGGGCUGUCCCGACACUAUUCCUUUUGAUUAGUGCAUUAGAGUUAUCGCCCCAUUUGAGGGAAUACGGAAAAUGUUUACAUGUGGAAUCCACAAUCCGGGAAUGAUCGAUCUUGCUUGUGGAAUCAUAUAUCCGGAAUACAGCUCAAGGAAUCUGGAAUCCCACUAACAAUCAGAAUCCAGAAUCCAAGUUCCACUGACAAACACUGGAAUACUGUUGCUGGAAUUCAGAAUCCAAGACUGUCUAAGAUACCCUUACAUGGCGUGAGACUUACAAAGGGAUGGAAGAUACCUUUCCUUUUUUCCCUCCAUUUAUUAUAAAUCUUAUGUCGAUUUGGUUUGUUAUUCUCCCUAGACACGUAAAUGGCUCCAUGUUUUUCUUCAAAGGAGACAAAUACUGGUCAUACAACGAACAGAUCAACCAAGUUAAUCCUGGAUAUCCUCGCACUCUGGCAGCCUGGGGAGGAGUGCCAGCAGAUGUGGACGCAGCGUUUGUUUGGACUGAUGGUUACGCUUACUUCUUUAAAGAUGAGAUAUAUUUCCGGUACAAUAAUGCGACGCAGCGUGUACAAGAUGGAUAUCCACGCAAUAUAAGUUCGUUUUGGAAAGGAGUUCCUAAUAACGUGAGCGCAGUUUUCAGGUACAGUUGACCUUUGCGUGAAAUCAGAGGCAGAUACUUUUUUUCUCUUUUCACUGCUUUUGUUUUACUUGCAAAAAGGUAUCUGCUUUUUUAGACUGUUCAAUUUGAAAUAGCAGAUUGUGAAUACAGGAAAAACCCGCGUAUAAGAACCUGUUAGGCUAAAAUUUGCCGUUUCGGCCCCCUCUAUACAAGAACCUGCAUAUUUAGCCUAAAAUUUGGAACAGGUUCUUUUUUUCUAAAAUCUGUAAUAAAAAUGUGAACACUUGUAAGUCAACGUUCAAGAUGCUCUUUGGAGACAUAGUGCCUUAUCCGGCUACCAACUUCGUACUUCAGAAAAUAUGAAACUACCUAAGAACCUAAAUAUCCUAAAUUUUUUGCUGAUUGUCUUUUAUGAAAGAACCUGUUUAGGCUGAGGUUCUUACUCGCGGUCUUUUACUGUAAUUGUUUUGGCUAAAUGACGAAUCUUUUUUUACCAAGCUUUAUCGGUAAAGAUGACUGAAUAUUCGACUUCUCCUCCGUCUUGUCCAAAAUCCAGCCAUAAUGACCUCAAGCUUGGUCCGCAAUAAAGCACGUGUCUCUAUUGUGUUGGCAGGUACACUGAUGACAUCACAUAUUUCUUCAAAGACUCUUUUUACUACCGCUUCAAUGAUUCCCUCCAAGCGGUAGACCCAGGCUACUCCCAGCCAAUAGCCUCGUUUUGGAAAGGCAUACCAGAUAACCUCGAUACGGUGUUCACGUCGGGCAGUGGUCUCGUGUUUUUCUUUAAACAAAACCUCUUUUACCGUUUCAACCAGACAGCAAGACAGGUCGAAGUGGGAUACCCAAAAUCCAUAGCAUUAUGGAAGGGAAUACUUUAUCAGCCAUAGAAAUAUAAGUACAAUGCUGUAAACAUAAUAAAGAUUCACAAACCGU